GACUGCAGCGAGUGGAGCGGCUCAAGUCACUGGGAUAAAGAAGAUACAGGAAACUAAAAACUGGAGUUGAAGCGUUUGUUUUUUAAAGUCAAUUAAACCUCGAGCUGGUGUCGGUGUGUGUGGGGUUACGUCAUUGAAGUGCAGCCGUUAACGGCAGGCUGGAACUAUCAAUGGACCUUUGAACUAGAGCUCACUGGAAACUGGAAAAGACGUCACUGAGACUCCUGACCCACCGUCUCCCCUCCCUCUGAAACCCAGACAGCCUCUAUGCUCAUCAACCUGACCGUGGCCAUCAAGGAAUCUCGUGCCUUUCAUGGAACACAGCCUGCCCUUCCCGCUGUCGCCCCUGACACUGUGGAAGUGACAGCCAUGGAGUCGCGUCCGGUGCUGGUCGCCCCUCCGCCGCCUCCCCUAGCACCUCCACCACCGCCUCCUCCCCCUCCUCCUCCACCUCCACCUCCACCUGCGCCUUCCUCGCCCUUUAGCCGGGUGGACAGUGCCCGCCGGAGCCGGCUGAGGAAGCUGAACUGGGAGCGCAUCCCCAAAGAGAGGGUGGAGGGGAAGAAGAGCGUGUGGACCGGGGCGUCCCCGGGAGAGGACGAGUUCCCCAUUGACCUCCACUCUCUUGAUGAGCUGUUUGGUCAGAAGGACAGUAAGCCUCAGGACAGAACCAGCACCCUGAGACGCCGGUCUGCUUUGCUGCGAUGCAGAUCUCCCCAGGACAGCCCGGAGGAGAUCUCCCUGUUGGACUCCAAACGCAGUAUGAACAUUGGGAUAUUUCUACGCCAGUUUAAGUUGCCUGCGAAGGAGAUAGUUGAGGAUAUCAGGCACGGUGCUGGGGACCGUUACGGAGCGGAGAAGCUCGCAGAGCUCUGCAAAUUGCUGCCUGACAGAGAGGAGGAGUCCCGCCUGAGGAGGUUCAGUGGGGAGCGGAGCUGGCUUGGAGAGCCUGAUCUUUUCCUGCUGCUGUUGGUGGAAGUCCCCAGCUUUCGGCUUCGUCUGGAUGCCAUGAUCCUGCAACAAGAGUUUGACCCUGCGGUGACCUCUCUGUGUGUGGCAGCCAGAUGUCUGAGGGAGGCGGCCAGAGAACUGCUGAGCUGUCCUGAAUUACACUCCAUCCUUCGUUUGGUGCUGAAAGCGGGGAACUACAUGAACGCUGGUGGAUAUGCUGGGAAUGCCGCAGGUUUUCGCAUUUCAUCGCUGCUCAAACUGGCUGACACCAAAGCCAACAAGCCGGGCAUGAAUCUGCUACAUUUUGUUGCUAUGGAAGCUGUGAAAAAGGACCAGAGUUUACUGUCGUUUCCCAGCCAAAUAGGCCAUGUUGGCCCCGCCUCCAGGUUAAGUGAGGAGUCCGUGCUGGAGGACUUAUCCAAGUUAAAAAGCAGAGUGGUGGCCCUCAAGGCAAACAUCCAGACUGAGACAGAGAUUCAGCAGCAUACACAACCUUUCCUAGAGGUGGCUGAGGAGCGUCUGAAGGAGGCAGAGGAUGAGGUGGAAGGCAUGAGGAUGUCUAGUCAGGCUCUGGUGGAGUUCUUCUGUGAAGAUGACAGCACAUUCAAACUCGAGGAGGCUUGUCGGGUCUUCCAUUCGUUUUGCUACCGCUUCCAAAAAGCUGUCCAGGAGAAUGCAGAGCGGGAGUUGAAGGAGCAGAAACGUCUAGAGCGUCAACGUGAGAUAGGGGAAAAGCGUCGCUCUCUGGCCAUUUGUACAGGGCUGGACCUGGGCCUCAGCCUCGCCAGAGAGCCUCACAGUCAGGACAACCAAGAUGAAUUGGAGAAACUCCUGGAGAAGAACUUGAGCUACACUUGGAGUCGACGUAGCCUGAGAAGCUCAGAGUCCCGCAGACACUCUCAUCACCAUAACUCACCUGGGCUCAAGAGCUUCCCUGAGCUGGGCAGCAGCCCUACAUCCUCCAGUUAUCACUCCAACAGCUCCUCUGAUCACGAGACUACGGCUGUGCUUUGCAGCUCCCCAGAGACUGACGGCACAUGUUCGCCCAUCGACCAAGACCCCGUUCUGGGCAGAGGGAGCAGGUCUCAUCACACCCAGGCAACUAACCGGAGCAUGGAGGCAGUUCAGGACCCGCACAUUGCUACAUUUGGUCACUCUCAGCAUGGACGUGGCUUCACAGUCAAGCAGCACAGACGUGAGAGUAUUUCUUAUGUGCUGCAAGACCAAUCAAAGACAACAGGACUUGAAAAAGAAGCUGAGAUUUCGCAUGAACAUGUGGUUUCAAUGACCACUGAAUCUUCACCCAGUUCCUGCACAAACGCCGUUGCUGUACCAACCACUGACAAAUCUGCCCUUUGUGUUAAAAACCAGACCCCAGGUCACAGACAUAGGUUUGGCCAGCCGGUGACAGACAAUACUUGCCCUGUUCAGAGUAAAUCUAAUGGCUCUUGUGUGGAUGAGUCUGUACCUCACCCUCUUCAUACAAGUGGAAUACUUUCCCACACUGACACCAGGACUGGAUCAUUAAGGUACCAGAGAUCUGAGAGCCAAUCACAAUCAUCUGUAAAAACUCCAGACAGGGUCCAGGCACAGCCACAGAUGAGAGAGACGCCCACCGUCACAACAAGUGCUGUGGUGCCUUUGCCUGAUGCAGGUUUAACAAAGCACUCUAACACAGAAGUGGCAUCCACACCUGCAGAGGAGAACUGGAUGCCCUCCAGUCUACCAGAGUUCAGCCAGUCGCAGCCAGAGGAAUACUCAGACUUGCCAAGUCCUGAGAGGGAGACAGCAAGGCCUUUCUCCCGCGUGGGUGAAACAUUAGAGUGCCACACUCUGGUAAAAGGCCUCAGAUCCUAUGAUGCCUUGUCACCCCCAACCUCCCCACUCCCACGACCCGCACCAAGCCUUUGCUCCAAGUGGAGGAAAGAGAGGGAGGGUGACCUUCUGGCGGGGACAACUCCAGGGUCUCCUACAUCAAAGGAGGAGACUCGAACCGUGAAGAUCCCUGUGCGUAGUGGAAUAGGGGCCAAAAGGGGACUCGUGUCACGUGUGGGAACUUCCAAUACUACGGGCAUUCCCAGGGUGCGCUCCAAAACUGAGCCUUCAAAUGGAGCCCCGAGCCCUGCUAACACACUCACUCCCAGCCGGCUGUCUAGUCCCCGCAGCAUAUCCAUGCGCUCAUCUCCUGCCACACGGCCUGCUGCCAUUCAGGCAGAGGUGAAACGCAGUAAUAGCACCCGGGAGAGGACUGUUAGUGUGCCACAGACUCCGGGGAAGCCCACCUUGACCCGCAGGACCUCUGACAGAUCCAUACCAGAGAAAGUCUCAGGCAGCACCCAGCAGGCCUUCGUCAGAGGAAGCCCUCUCCGUGUGUCAAAACGACUCGCCCCGAACUCUGAGACACAGGCGUCGUCUCAGCCUUGCACCACCCACAGCUCGUCCUCUGCCACGGCCAAGACCAUACGCACAGCUGUCAUAUCUGCUGCCCGAAAUAAAACUGCCAAGACGACAAGCACAAGCUCCUCUCCUGUUAGCUCUAAAAUACCUACAGCUUCACGGAUACCUGGUCCCAAAAUGCCUCGAGCUACUGCUGCUCCGCCACUGUGGAAGUGAUGGGAGGGAAUAAGUGCUUGUACUGCACACUUUUUUCCCCAUACUUGUCAUGCCUUAAUGGAUUCCAGUCUAAUAGAAAUGGUGUGGGUGAAGAGUGCGAGUCAUCAGUCAGACUUCUGGUCUUAAUCAGCUCUAGGACAUCUAAAUUCAACUUUUAUGAAAUUUGUAUGUAGUUCUGAGUGCUUAGGUUCUGUAUAUGUGAGAGGGAGCUGCACAGGGAGCUUAGGGGACAAUGUAUCUCAUGUGCUUCACCCAAUAGCAGAAUAAAUCCUACCUCUUUUUACACCUAUUUGUGUCCUUUGCAGGCAGUAGGACACCACAAGACCACCUUUCCUAGAGUUCACAUAUAGAAUAGAAGUAAAACACAACCAAGUGACUUUACUCUGUGCCUAGUCCGUAUAAGUAUGCUUUGGGAAACUGUUUCAAUCUAUAGCAUGGAAAAAAAAAAAGUUUUGUCCAAAUGUUUUGAAUGCUGUGACCCCACCGCUAAGCGAUUAUUGUGUUCUCACACUUGGCUGUCCCACAAUCCGAACUGAACUUGGUACAAUAUGAACUGUUUAUCCUCUUGUUGAGAGGCCUCAUUGUUCUGAUGCACUUUACAAACUGAAAAAGAGGCCACGAGGAGGUGAUUACUGUAAUUUUUGUCAUUUUUAUUUUGUAUCAAAAAGAUUCUAUAACUUUAUUGAAUAGCAUUGGUUGUUAUUCGCUGUAUUAUGUGGAUUUAUAAAAAAGAAGAUGAAUAAAGGUGGUGUUCUGAA